GAGCGGACGCGGCAGCGCCUCUGUCUCGCUUUUUCUUAUUUUCCCCCCUUUCCCCUUCCUUUUUUUUCCUUUUUUCCCCCUUACCCCCUUUUCACCAUUUCCCCUCGGAGACGCUUCCCCCGGGCAGGGGCAGAGCCGGUCUCACCCCCCCGCCUCUCCCCGGCCCCCGCCGCCCUAUGGCGAGAGGGAACCCCCUCCCCACCCGGGCACUAGCGGCGGCCGUUGGAGGAGUGGGACCGGCGCUGACCGCGGCGGCCUCAGGCCCGGGGGAGUCAUGGAACUAAUUCGCUGACCCCCCGGCCGCAGCCGUGCGUCCCGCUCGCUCGCCAGCGCCCGCGCCCCCGCCCCGGCCCGGUUCCCCCUCUUCUCCCUCCUCAGUCGGUGCCGUCCUGGUCCCGCGCGCCCCGCCGCCGCGCGCUGAGGAAAAUGGGGUGGUAACGUGCCCCCCGGAUGAUCCCGCAUCACCACAGUGAGGCCUACAGCUCCGCCGGGGAGGAGGAGGAGGAGGAGGAAGAGGAGGAGGAGAAGAAUGUUUCUCCAGCCCAGAGAGAUGAAGUGAUUCAGUGGCUCGCCAAACUCAAGUACCAAUUCAGCCUUCACCCAGAAACAUUUGCUCUGGCUAGCAGUCUUUUGGACAGGUUUUUAGCUACUGUAAAGGCCCAUCCAAAAUACUUGAGUUGUAUUGCAAUCAGCUGUUUUUUCCUAGCUGCCAAGACCGUGGAGGAGGAUGAGAGAAUUCCAGUACUGAAGGUGUUGGCAAGAGACAGUUUCUGUGGAUGUUCUUCAUCUGAAAUUCUGAGGAUGGAGAGAAUUAUUCUGGAUAAGUUGAACUGGGAUCUUCACACAGCUACACCAUUGGAUUUUCUUCACAUUUUUCACGCCAUUGCAGUGUCAACUAGGCCUCAGUUACUUUUCAGUUUGCCCAGACUGAGCCCGUCUCAACAUCUGGCCGUCCUUACCAAGCAACUCCUUCACUGUAUGGCCUGCAACCAACUUCUGCAGUUCAAAGGAUCCAUGCUUGCUCUGGCCAUGGUUAGUUUGGAAAUGGAGAAACUUAUUCCUGAUUGGCUUCCUCUGACAAUUGAGCUGCUUCAGAAAGCACAGAUGGAUAGCUCCCAGCUGAUCCACUGUCGGGAGCUCGUGGCACGUCACCUCUCCUCUCUGCAGUGUUCCCUGCCUCUCAAUUCGGUGUAUGUCUACCAGCCCCUCAAGCACACCCUGGUGACCUGUGACAAAGGAGUGUUCAGAUUACAGCCCUCCUCUGUCCCAGGCCCAGAUUUAGGUUUCUCCAAGGACAGCAGCAAACCGGAAGUGCCGGUCAGAGGCGCAGCGGCCUUCUACCAUCAUCUCUCAGCGGCCGGGGGGUGCAGGCAGACGUCUGCCAAGCGCAAAGUGGAGGAGAUGGAAGUGGAUGACUUCUACGAUGGCAUCAAGCGGCUCUACAAUGAAGACAGUGCGCCAGAGAACGUGGGUUCUGUCUGUGGCACUGAUUUAUCGAGGCAGGAGGGACACGCUUCCCCUUGUCCACCUUUGCAGCCAGUUUCUGUCAUGUAACCUCGAGUGCAAACAAGGUAGACUACUCUGGGAACAGGAACGUGGGAAACCGGGAAAGGCUGUAUGAAGGUGUGUACCGUAGCAGGCCAGUCGAAGUGAGCCAGAAAAAAAACCCGUUUACUUGUGUGGCAAAUUAGAAUCAACAUCAUUUAAGCAUUUAAAGACCAAAAAAAAGUGUAAAAUUCAAAAGAUCCAAAUUUUUUUUAAAGUAAAAAAAAAAAUUUUGGAGUGUUUUGUCAGUUCCAUCUUUUUCUCUACUAAAAGUAAUGGCGAUUCACCCAUCUCAAAAGUGCUAUUCGGUGUUUUCUUUAAAGUUCUAAAACUCAUAGCUGGCACACCCUGUCUCCAGCAUCCUGAUUUAAUUUUUCUCAUUUUUGCUUGCUUCUUUAUUGAAUACUUAAUGAACUUUAUGCAUGUUGAUCUAUAGCCUGACUUCCACUGAUUAGGAAACCCUCAAAAUCAUUUUUUAGCAAUUUAGUGAAUAAACUAUGUCAUUGUGACAACCAUGUUUAAUCCAUGAUUCAGAUUCAUCCAGAAAGGGUACUGCAGAAUUGCCCCAUAUGAGUGAGAGGUGGUAAAGAAAAAGGACUGGUAUUACCAUGUUGAUUUUGUGUUUGUCUGCUUUCAGUUCGAGUUUGGGAACAAAAUUAUCGUUUUCAUUUUUUGUUCAUCUCAAAUUGGAGCUUAAAAGUGGCAUGUAAUUAGGACACUCAUAGAUUUUUUGAAAGCAUUUUUGACAUUUGUAUAAAAGAAUUUGUGAUAAAGUGAAUUAUCCAGAUGCUCACCAAAGAAACAUGGAACAACGAAGGUUUUAGUUUUUUUGUUUUUGGUAACUGAUCCGUUUUCACUCAUUUGUAAUCAGUAGGAGAGACUGUCUGGAUACCGGAGCAGCUCUGGGGUUGGGGUCUGUAACACAUAAUGACUGAAUUCAGUGCCCUAGAUUUCUGUUAAGCUAUUCAUAUUUUCCUGAUCAGAGUUUUCGCCCUACCUGUCUUUCUCUCAGUGACUUCUGGACCCUGAGCUCCCUGUGCAGGCUGAGGAAGGAAUUGCAGUCAGAACCAUGUACUGAUGAUAAAAGCCUCUGGUAGCAAUAAAAGUUGUCCUGAAACCUC